GCACCCCGCCGCCACCACCACCACCGCCCGCUGUCCGGGUUCUGCCUGCGCUGGCUAUCACACAGGAACAUGGAGGCUCUGGUACCCAUCUGCAAGGGCAACGUCACACCUCCUGAGGACAGCCAGGAGAACUCUGGCUUUUGCUGAGCUGUGCAUCUUACCUCCUUCCUUCCAAAGGCUUCAGACCCAAGCUCCACUCUCCUCAAGUCGUGUGCGCCCCUGGCCAAGCAUCUCACUGUCCCCUCGGAGCCCCAUCUAGUCCUAGAGCACACCUCCAGGACCUGCCCUCCUGCUCAGAAUGACUCACCAUUAUUUCCAGCUCAAGUGAGAAGAUGUGACAGGGACCGAGCUGACUAUUUGUGUAUCUGUGGCAUUGGAUCUGCUCUUCAAGGAAGAGAACCUCAGGCUCCUGCCUGGCCAGCCAAGCGAGGCUGUGUCUCCAACUCACAGAGGGCUCUAGAGCUUUCCUGCAGGAGCACAGACUAAUGCUUCUGUGUUUCCUGAGGCCCAGCUACCAGCACCCUGAGUUCCCUGCUGCAGGCAGCUGGAAGGCAUAAAAUAAAAUACACUCCUCAGCCCCAAUUAUGACAGUGGCUACCGGAGACCCAGUGGAUGAGGCUGCUGCCCUCCCUGGGCACCCACAAGACACCUAUGACCCAGAGGCAGACCACGAAUGCUGUGAGAGAGUGGUGAUCAACAUCUCAGGCCUGCGGUUCGAGACUCAGCUAAAGACCUUAGCCCAGUUCCCAGAGACCCUGUUAGGGGACCCCAAGAAACGGAUGAGGUACUUCGAUCCCCUCCGAAAUGAGUACUUUUUUGAUCGCAACCGCCCUAGCUUUGACGCCAUUUUGUACUACUACCAGUCUGGGGGCAGGUUGAGGCGACCUGUGAAUGUGCCCUUAGAUAUCUUCUCUGAAGAAAUCCGGUUUUAUGAGCUAGGAGAAGAAGCAAUGGAGAUGUUUCGGGAAGAUGAAGGCUACAUCAAGGAAGAAGAGCGUCCUCUGCCUGAAAAUGAGUUUCAGAGACAGGUGUGGCUUCUCUUUGAAUACCCUGAGAGUUCGGGGCCUGCCAGGAUUAUAGCCAUUGUAUCUGUGAUGGUCAUUCUGAUCUCCAUCGUCAGCUUCUGUCUGGAAACCUUGCCCAUCUUCCGGGAUGAGAAUGAGGACAUGCAUGGUGGUGGGGUGACCUUCCAUACCUAUUCCAACAGCACCAUCGGGUACCAGCAGUCCACCUCCUUCACUGACCCUUUCUUCAUUGUAGAGACUCUCUGCAUCAUCUGGUUCUCCUUUGAGUUUCUGGUUAGAUUCUUUGCCUGUCCCAGCAAAGCUGGCUUCUUCACCAACAUCAUGAACAUCAUUGACAUUGUGGCUAUCAUCCCUUACUUUAUCACCCUGGGGACAGAGUUAGCUGAGAAGCCAGAGGAUGCCCAGCAAGGCCAGCAGGCCAUGUCACUGGCCAUUCUCCGUGUCAUCCGGUUGGUAAGAGUCUUUAGGAUUUUCAAGUUGUCCAGACACUCCAAAGGCCUGCAGAUUCUAGGUCAGACCCUCAAAGCCAGCAUGAGAGAAUUGGGCCUCCUGAUAUUCUUCCUCUUCAUUGGGGUCAUCCUGUUUUCUAGUGCUGUCUAUUUUGCAGAAGCUGAUGAGCGAGAUUCCCAGUUCCCCAGCAUCCCGGAUGCUUUCUGGUGGGCAGUCGUCUCCAUGACAACUGUAGGCUAUGGAGACAUGGUUCCAACUACCAUUGGGGGAAAGAUAGUGGGUUCUCUGUGUGCAAUUGCAGGUGUGUUAACCAUUGCCUUACCAGUCCCUGUCAUAGUGUCUAAUUUCAACUACUUCUACCACCGGGAGACAGAGGGAGAGGAGCAGGCCCAGUACUUGCAAGUGACAAGCUGUCCAAAGAUCCCGUCCUCCCCUGACCUAAAGAAAAGUAGAAGUGCCUCUACCAUAAGUAAGUCUGAUUACAUGGAGAUACAGGAGGGAGUAAACAACAGUAAUGAGGACUUUAGAGAGGAGAACUUAAAAACAGCCAACUGUACCUUGGCUAACACAAACUAUGUGAAUAUUACCAAAAUGUUAACUGAUGUCUGACUGAAACCUACUAAUGUACUCACAGCUCAACAGGACUGAUGCAGAUGUUGCAUAAUAGCCUGCAUUGUAGUCAGUGUUCUACAGUGUGCAUCUGGUUCUGCAUGGAAAGCAAUAGUCGUGCAAGUGACUUUUGAUCUUUUGAUUUUUGAUUUAGAACACAGAAUAUUUAUCAUGGCUUUCAUGAAAUCUUCAUCACCGACCUACAGGUUUCCAAAGAUGAGAGUCACCCAUGAAGCCAACAUCUCAGAAAAGCACAAUGCAGCCCCCUCAUAGCCCCCACACAAUCCACCAUAUUAAUACCAUCCUUUCUUCCUACCUAAACAUGAACACACCUGGGAGGUGCAUUCCCUCCA